UAACCACUAGCAGGAGAAAUGAAGCAUAUUAUCAAUCUAUAUGAAAACACCAAUGAUACAACAAGAAAUAAUUCAGACUGCCCUCAUGUGGUUUUGCCAGAAGAGAUAUUUUUCACAAUAUCCAUCAUCGGAGUUUUGGAAAAUCUGAUGGUCCUUCUGGCUGUGAUGAAGAAUAAGAAUCUCCAGUCACCCAUGUACUUUUUCAUUUGCAGCUUGGCCAUUUCUGAUAUGUUAGGCAGCCUAUAUAAGAUCCUGGAAAAUAUCCUGAUCAUGUUCAGAAACAUGGGUUAUCUCAAGCCUCGUGGUAAUUUUGAAACCACAGCAGAUGACAUCAUCGACUCCCUGUUCAUCCUCUCCCUCCUUGGCUCCAUUUUCAGCCUGUCUGUGAUAGCUGUUGACCGCUACCUCACAAUCUUCCAUGCUCUACAGUACCACAGCAUUGUGACCAUGCGCCGUGCCAUUGUCGUCCUGAUGGUCAUCUGGGUGAGCUGCACAGGCAGCGCCAUUACCAUGGUGAUCUUCUCCCAUCACAUCCCCACAGUGAUCACCUUCACAUCGCUAUUUCCUCUGAUGUUGGUCUUUAUCCUGUGCCUCUAUGUGCACAUGUUUUUGCUUGCUCGGUCCCAUGCCAGGAAGAUCUUGACCCUUCCCAGAGCCAACAUGAAAGGGGCCAUCACACUGACCAUCCUACUUGGGGUAUUCAUCUUCUGUUGGGCCCCCUUUGUCCUUCACAUCCUGUUAAUGACGUUUUGCCCAAAUAACCCUUACUGUGCCUGCUACAUGUCUCUCUUCCAGGUGAAUGGCAUGUUGAUCAUGUGCAAUGCAGUCAUUGACCCCUUUAUAUAUGCCUUCCGGAGCCAAGAGCUCAGGGAUGCAUUUAAAAAGAUGAUCCUCUGUAGCAAGUGCUGGUAGAAUUAUUGGUCCCUGAUUUUAGGAGCCAUGGAGAUAAUAUUGUCAAGGGACAGAAUAACAUGACAUACCAACAAAUGCUAAUGCUUCCCAACUGUCCUUUCCUUCCCUAAUGUGCAUGAGGAUUAUCCCACAGACUAGUGU